UCACUGUUUGUGUAUCGCGAGAUUCGAAUGGGAAGAGUUGAUUGUAGUGACCUCAUCUCUCCAGCAGCUGCGUAGCGAGUCGGAGUAGCAACUUUUGUAUGAACUCCGAAGUUGGCCAAUUGCUUGGGAGACACCGGGCUAGACAGACGAGUGAAUGGAGUGAGACCUAACAAUUGGAAAUUUCAUGGUUACAAAAACAAGUUGAAGGAGACUCCGCGCCAAAUGCACUAAUUUCAUGUAACGCGCCUGUCAGACAACCUACGUCCAUGGCAGAGGUGUUGCUGGAGUUUUAACACUGAUUUUAAACGCCAGGGAAGAAAGGAAAGGUAUCUCAUGUCAAGGUCAACCUUGGAGGUGUUCAGUGAAGCAAGCGAGCUGCCUUUGAUGCCAAGCGAAAUCACAGACACAAAGUCUUCGUCCCUGCACACAAGGUGACGGAAGCAGAGCUGUGAUUGGACAUUCCCUCAAACAAUAUGGCCUCCUGAAAGUGGUGGGAGUACAACCAGCGUCCUCGUUCCUGCAGUCCUUUCCGUGUAUGUUUGACCAAGCCAGUGAGUGAGUGUGUGUGCCAUCUGGUUGUCUCCUGUCGUCUGCACCUGGCCCUCCAUCAGACGGAUUCAGGCCCUCUCAUGCCUCCCAGGGCUCCCCAGGUUCCCCUCCCCCAGGUCACCACCGGUAGGCCCCACGCUCUCCCCCUCUGAAUCCCUCUUCAUCCCCAAUCCCCAGCCCCCCCAACCCUAGUUCCCCACCCCCUGCUUGUGCCCCGUACCCCCCCCCACACACACACACACACACACAGGAGUCCCCCUCUCCAGCCAUGACCAGCCUGAAGCGCUCACAGACAGAGCGCUCGGUGGGCGGCUCCAUCUCGGCCACCGACGAGUUCUACACGCGCCGCCUGCGCCUGCCCAACGGGGGUGCCCCUCCGCCCCGCAGCGAGAGCACCCACCUGUCCGGCUGCUCGCCCGGCGUGCCCAAGAUGGGCGUGCGCGCUCGCGUCGCCGACUGGCCCCCCAGGAAAGACGGAAGCGCUGGAGGAGGAGGAGGCGGCGGCGGCGCCGGGGGCGUCUGGCACAUCACCGUGGAGACGGACUCCCCCACCACCACUUCGUCCAGCAGCUCUUCCGGAGGAGGAGGAGGAGGAGGAGGAGGGGGGGACCAGCGUGGUGGCGGAGGCAACGGCACGGGCACCGGGAGCAGCAGCGGCAGCAGUAGCGGCGGAGGCGGCAGCGCCCAGAGCAACCUGUCGGCCAAGCUGGGCCACCUGAUCAGCCCGCAGGACUCGUCCAUGCUGCGCAACAUCCACAACACGCUCAAGAGCAAGAUGCAGGGCCGCCACGGCAGCAAGGACAACCGCUUCCUGUCGCCGGACGGCUACCAGGGCUCGCCGCGGAAAGGCAUGCGUCGCAUCCGGCAGCGCAGCAACAGCGACAUCACCAUCAGCGAGCUGGACGGCAGCGGCGGCGACGGCAACGAGGGCUGGUCCUUCUCGGGUUGGACGCCGAUGCACCGCGAGUACGGCAGCACGUCGUCCAUCGACAAGCACAGCACGGCGGCGUCCGGCGCCUCGCAGAGCUUCUUCGACAUGCUCAAGGGCUACCAGUCGGCCGAGGCGCCGGCCGCCACCUCCGACCAGCGCAGCCCGGCGCCCGAGCGGCUCAGCGAGUUGCUGAGCGUCGCCCACAAGCAGGUGGCGCUGGACCUGCCCGACGGGCCGCCGUCGCUGACCCGUGCCAGCGGCAGCCCCGCCAGCCGCCUCAAGGAGCGCGAGAAGCACCUCAAGCGCCGGUCCAAGUCGGAGACGGGCGGAGAAUCCAUCUUCCGGAAGCUGCGCAGCGCCCGAGCGGACGGCGAGUCCUCGCGCGCCGGCUCCGACGCCGAGGAGGAAGGCGGCGGACACUCGGGGCCUCCGCCGGCGUCCCUCAAGCCCUGGGUGUGCCAGAAGGCCUUUGCCCACUUCGACGUGCAGAGCCUCUUCUUCGACCUGAACGACGUGGUGACGGGCCGGCAGUCGGCCAGCUCGGCGAAGCACAAGAACACCACCACCGGCGCCUCGGCCGCCGCCGCCGCCUCGUCCUCCCUCACGUCCUCGCUCUCGUCCUCCUCGUCCCAGAGCUGGGGCUUGCCUGCCCUGCGGCAGCCAGGAGAGCCAGCGCAAGGGGCGGCCCAACCCAGGCUCGACCCUGGGGACGACAAGAGCAACGAGCUGGUGCUGGCCUGCCCCUGUUUCCGGAACGAGCUGGGCGGAGAGGGCGAGCGCACCAUCAACCCCACCAAGCAGGGCAGCAUCGGCAGUGGGGGGUCCGGCAGCAGUAGCGGAGGGGGCUCCCCCGGCGAGGACGAUGCACCGCCCAACUCGCACCUGUCCAACGCGGGGGUAGCCGUGCUCGAGGCGCCCAAAGACGGACAGGGGCUGCAUUCGGAGCGGGGCAAGCGCCACAUCGUGGAGCACGUAGACCUGGGGUCCUACUACUACAGGAAGUACUUCUACCUUAGAGAGCACUGGAACUACCUGGGUGUGGACGAGACCCUGGGGCCGGUGGCGGUCAGCCUGCGUCGGGAGAAGCUGGAGGAGCACAAGGAGCACGGCCAGCAGUACCAGUUCCGGGUCAUCUUCAGAACCAGCGAGCUGACGACCCUGCGCGGUGCCAUCCUGGAGGAUGCUGUGCCCUCCACCGCCAAGCACGGCACACCGCGCGGCCUCCCGCUGAAGGAGGUGCUGGAGUUCCUGGUGCCCGAGCUCAACGCCCACUGCUUGCGCCUGGCCCUCAACACGCCCAAGGUCACCGACCAGCUGAUGAAACUGGACGAGCAGGGGUUGAGUUUCCAGCUGAAGGUGGGGGUGAUGUACUGCCAGGCAGGCCAGAGCACAGAGGAGGAGAUGUACAACAACGAGUCGGCCGGCCCUGCGCUCGAGGACUUCCUGCAGCUGCUGGGGGACCGCGUGCGCCUCAAAGGCUUCAAUAAGUACCGCGCUCAGCUGGACACUAAGACGGACUCCACUGGUACACACUCUCUGUACACCACCUACAAGGACUACGAGAUCAUGUUCCACGUGUCCACCAUGCUGCCCUACACCCCCAACAACAAGCAGCAGUUGCUGAGGAAGCGCCACAUCGGCAACGACAUUGUGACCAUCGUGUUCCAGGAGCCCGGCGCCAAGGCCUUCAGCCCCAAGAACAUUCGCUCGCACUUCCAGCACGUGUUUGUGGUGGUGCGUGCACACAACCCCUGCUCUGACGGCAGCACCUGUUACAGUGUGGCGGUGGCCCGUUCCCGCGACGUGCCCGCCUUCGGGCCGCCCAUCCCUGAGGACGUCACCUUCCCCAAGUCGGGCGUGUUCCGGGACUUCCUGCUGGCCAAGGUGAUCAGCGGAGGCGGCGCUUGGUCGGACAAGUUCGGCGCCAUGGUGCCAGCGCCGCGUACAGAGUACCUGCGCGAGCUGGCCGAGCGCCACGUCACCAGCACCCCCAUCGACCCGUCGGGCAAGUUCCCCUUCAUCUACCGGCUGGGCGCCUGGCGGCGUGGCGCCAACCCGACGUGCAGCGCCCGGCCGAGCGCGUGGGGCGCUGGCCUAAUACCCCGUUACGCCGAGGACCAGCAGGGUGGCGGCGGUGAGCUGGAGGCGCUGCUGGCCAUCUCGGUCGAGUUCCUGGUGGUGGCCGACCCCGAGGCCAAGGCGGUGGUGUUCAACUGCGCCGUGCGCGACGUCAUCGGCUGGACGCUGGGCAGCCCGGCCUCCAUGAAGAUCUACCACGGGCGAGGGGAGAGCGUGGCGCUUCGCUCCGUCGGAAACAACACCGAGGACUUCCGCGAGGUGGUCAAGAGGCUUGAGUUUCUGACGAAGGGCUGCGAGACGACAGAGCUGACGCUGCGGCGUAACGGCCUGGGCCAGCUGGGCUUCCACGUCAACUACGAGGGCAUCGUGGCCGAGGUGGAGCCCUACGGCUACGCCUGGCAGGCCGGCCUGCGGCAGGGCAGCCGCCUGGUGGAGAUCUGCAAGGUGUCCGUGGCCGCACUCUCGCACGAGCAGAUGAUCGACCUGCUGCGCACCUCAGUCACCGUCAAGGUGCUCAUCAUCCCGCCGCACGAGGAUGCCACGCCCCGCAGGGGCUGCUCUGAGCUUUGCCGUGUGCCUGUGGUGGAGUAUAAGGGCAGCAACGAGGCGGGCUCCUUCGAGUACAAGUUCCCCUUCCGCAGCAACAACAACAAGUGGCAGCGCAACAGCUCCAGCCCUCAGCAGUCGCUGGCCGCCUCGCCCCAGCCGGGCCACGCAGGCAGCGCCAGCGGGACGCCCAACCGCGCCGUCAGCCUGGGCGCCAGCAUGGGCAAGACGCUCUCCGCCGAGCGAGGGGCCACCCGCCUGCCAUCCCAGCAGAAGCGUGUCCAGCGGCGGGGCCACGACCCUGGGCUCAAGGAGAUGUCUCCUGGCUCUGAGAAUUAUGGGCUGGGCUCGUCUCUGGGUCUGGGCCGCCACAACCGCAGCUCUCCCAGCAACCUCUCCUGCUCCAGCGACACGGCUAGCGCCCAUUGGAGGCAGAAGUCCAUGCCAGAGGGAUUCGGGCCCCCCAGGCACUCUCCCCUUCCUGGGGAGCGUCAGCUACGCCACAGCGGAUACCCGCAGCCGGCAAAAGGCAGCCAGUGGAGAUGCGGCACCGGCAGAGUGACCCAGCGUGUGUCGUGUCUGGGCCUACCCUUCGCCAGCCCACACUCCAACCGCGCCCCACCUCCCACACCCCCCUUUUCAAGUGGCUCUGGGGGUCCUGCGCUGACCUCAGGCCACAGGGAACUCCGGCGGUCGAGUGUGGUGGUUAUGAUGAUGAUUGUGAAGGUGGUGGUUAUGAUGAUGAUUGUGAAGGUGGUAAUGAUGAUGGUUGUGAAGGUGGUGGUUAUGAUGAUGAUUGUGAAGGUGGUAAUGAUGAUGGUUGUGAAGGUGGUGGUUAUGAUGAUGAUUGUGAAGGUGGUGGUGAUGAUGAUGAUUGUGAAGGUGGUGGUUAUGAUGAUGAUUGUGAAGGUGGUGGUUAUGAUGAUGAUUGUGAAGGUGGUGGUGAUGAUGAUGAUGAUGAUGAUUGUGAAGGUGGUGGUUAUGAUGAUGAUUGUGAAGGUGGUGGUUAUGAUGAUGAUGAUGGUUGUGAAGGUGGUGGUUAUGAUGAUGAUUGUGAAGCUAAAUGUUUCCAAAUUAUCUUUGAUGUGCUUAGAUGGUCCUGUCACAAAGUCUGGGUCAUCUUAUUCUGGAGGCCCACGGAUCCAGAGGCAGGAGCAGGUCAUCCACCACUCUCCCAAGAAGGGCAGUCAGUCUGAGGGCCUGUACUCCGCCCACUCCAGCAGCAACACCCUGUCCAGCACGACGUCCAGUGGGGGCCUGAGCGACGACAAGUGGUACGACGUGGGCAGCAGCACGGGCGGCGGGGGGCUAGCGGCGGGUGCGGACCUCGGUGACCUGGAGCCCAACGGCCUGGGAGGCGGCAGCUACCUGCAGGGGGCGUCGGCCGACAGCGGCAUCGACGCCUCGUCCUACGGCGGCGGUGGUGGCGGCGGCAGUGUUCCGUCCCACCAUGCCAGCUCGUCCUCGCUGCUGCUGCCCGUGAGUGGACCGAGCACGCGAGAGCGAGACCGAGAGCGAGACCGCGAACGGGCGGCGUCGCCCUGGCACGGUGGGCAGUCAGACGGUGGCGGUCGGCGCAUGCUGGAGCGUUCGCCCCCCGCGGCGGAGUCGCCGGUGCCCCCUGGGGGGCCGCCUGAGGGCCCCACCCGCAGCCCCCCCACCCACCUGCUGGUGCGCGACAACAGCUCCUACAGCCUCAGCGACGCCGCCUCCCACUCAAGUGCCGUGAGCUCGCGCCACUCGGGCAGCCCCGGCCUGCUGGGGUCCAGCCACAGCUCGCCGCAGGAGCCGUCCUCGGCCGCCACCUCCCCCUGCUCCUCCCAGGCCUCCAUCUCCCCCGGCCCCAAGUCCUUCUACCCGCGCCAGGGGGCCACCAGCAAGUACCUGAUUGGCUGGCGCAAGCCCGGCAGCACCAUCAACUCCGUGGACUUUGGGGACACGCGCAAGAGGUCUCCAGGAGAGGGUCCAGAGGGGGCCCAGACUCCGCCUCGCCCCACCCUGCGGGACCUGCACUCCCCCCAGCCCCUGUGCACCUCCGCCCUGGAGGAGGAGAUGAAGAAGGUCAUGAACCUGGACCCGCCGCCCCACUCCCACUCCCACUCGCACUCCCACUCGCGCUCACGCCGGGAGGACAAGUCCUCACCCCGUGGCUCCCCCUCCUCUGGCCCGCUCCCUAAUCGCCGCUCGCUGCACCGGACGCUGUCGGACGAGAGCAUCUACCGGGGCCAACGGCUGCCCUCGCUGGGCGAGGCGGGCGUCCUGGAGCAGGGCUCGGCUGUCGACGUCCUCUUCACCUGCUCCACCAUCCCGCGCUCCCCCACCACGCGUGGCGUGCCCCUCAGACGGCCCUCCUACAAGAUGGGCAUCAAGCUGCACGGUGACCUAUCGGCGUCGGACACCUCCCUGGCGGACCUGCACGAGCGCCAGCGGCAGCCGGAGCGGGAGAUGAGCCUCAUGCCGCUGCCCGACACCGACGAGAGCAGCCUGGACUGGAGCCACCUGGUGGACGCCGCCAGCGUGUUUGAGGGAGAGACCAGACAGCACCACCGGGGCCAGAGAGGAUUCAUGUUCAGCUCGCAGGACCUGAGCCACCGCGGAGAGAGCGCCACCCCCAGCCCCAAGCACGGGGUGCGCAAGCCUGCGCCCCUGGCCAGACCCUCCUCCAGUGAUGGGCACAUGAGUUUGGCUAGCAAGGUGACUCAGCUGGAGGCUGUGGUGAAACUGCUGAAGGACGACUUGAAGAAGGAGAAGGAGGAGAAGGUCAAGCUGCAGGCGCAGAUCCAGAGACUGUGGGAGGACAACCAGCGGCUGCAGGAGGAGUCCCAGAGCUCGGCCGCCAAGCUCAAGAAGUUCACAGAGUGGGUCUUCAACACUAUCGACAUGAACUGAGCCCGCCGGCCGCACACACCAGCACAGGUCACCGGGGAGGGACAGGAGGCCCACACUAAACAAGGGGGGGUGUAUUAACUAUAAAGGCAUGUACAGUUUUCCGGGGAUACUUGUGUCCGACAUUGGCACCAGCUGAAGCAAGUGACCACACCAAGACUACCACAUCCUGAUUUUCCCCUAUUUCCCCACCCUUUUGGAUGAAGCUCUUUUAAUGUCUGAUACUGGAAGCCUCAUACACACACACACACACACACACACACACACCACCACCGAUCACACAUCAGAUCACUGUUCUCCUGUCUACAGUACGUCGUCCUGAUGGACCAAUUAAAACAUCCCUCUGCUUUCCCUGCAGCAAUGAAGUCCACAGACUCCAAGCACCACCUGAAAGGGCGGUUGUUAGGACCCCACAGACUUUUGUCCCUCAUGGCCUUCCCUAACCAGCUCCACACUCCACCCUCCUGCAGCCACACCCCCAGAGCUGGAUGUCCAGACCUUUACUUCCCCCUGUGGGGGUGGGGUGGAGUGGGGUGGGGUAGGAAGCCCCUGUUGCCCCCCUCAGCCCCUUCCUCUGCCCUCACGGCCCUCCACUCUGGGGUUGGAUUAGGGAAGACUCGCACGAGCCAAUAACCUGCGGCCCUCCUAUACUGCUGUGCUGCUCAAACGGGGCGGGAGAAACCGCAGACGUGUGAAUAUGAUUGGUUGGCCCACCUGUCAUCUCACACUCUCACCUCCACAGGGAUUGCCUUCUUUUUGUGUAUGGCUCUUACAUUCCGACAUUGUCUGCGUUUGUGUGCAAGAGAAAGUGUGUGUGUGUGUGUUUGUGCAUGAAUGAGAGCGCAUUCCUAUGUGUGUGUGUGUGUGUGUGUGUGUGGGGGGGGUGCUUGUGUGCGAGAGAGAAUGUAUUUGUGUGUGUGUGUCUGUGUCUCUAAAGGCAUUUGGAGCUGCCUUAGCCAUCUUGUGAGAUUCCUUGCUGAUAUCCCUGAUGCAGGGCUGCUACUGCUACCAGUGGACAGAGCGGCCAGUGCUGUCCUUCAGUCAUGCCAUACAUGUCCCACCAGACAGCAGGACGAACACUAACACAGUCCUGCAGCGAUGAAGACAAGUGACUCGAAGGGCAUCCUCAUUUUGUUUUAAUUUGUACUGAGAAAAGGAAGACAUACACAGGAGUAGAUUAUCUCCAGUGAAAUGCCUGCUUUGGCCUCAAAGGGGAGCAUACACACACGCAGGAGAGAGGGAGAAAGACUGUGUGAAAUGUAAAUGAAGAGCUUAGCAUAGACAGCAUCGCCAUAGCAAUAGCAGGGACUCUCUGGGAUGCCGGCUUCAAAUGAAGGAGAUUUUUAAAAACUUUUUAUCGGGAGGAUUGUAGUGUAGGUAGGUACUCCCCCAUCUGAACCC